AAUUCAAAGCAUACACAGAAUUUGCCAGGUCAUCUCUGGAGAAAGCAUUUGAGGAAAACUGCGAUCGAUUGUCCAGAAAAGGUACUUCUGCUGCCUUUGAUGUCACGAUGGAGGAUUCCCAAGCCGAGAAAAGGAGGUUAUCCUUUAAAGACGCUUUGUUAAAUAAAUACAGCGAAGACCAUAGCGACGAAGAGUUAUUAUGCUUCAUACAUAUAACCGGUUCUCCAAAACAAAAGACUUCUUUUGGCCAGUCAGAACACUUCCACAAGAGAAUCAUAACACUUGAUGACUGUGGUAUCAACUGGGCAGGUCCAGUUGGAGAGAUUGCAUCCAUGUGUCCAAAUGUAGAAGAACUUGAUCUGGCCAAGAAUAAUCUUUCUGACUUUCAUGAGGUUUUUCGAAUAAUCAGUCAGCUCCAAAAGCUGGAGUUUCUAAACCUGAGUGAAAACUACUUGCCACAAAAGAUUGAAGAUUUUACUCCAUUACUGGGGGAAAAUCCAAAGGAGUCACUUCCUUCUGUAAAAAAAUUGAUCCUAAACAACACUGCUGUGCCACUGGAAACGGUGAACUCCCUUCUGAAUUGUCUCACGGGAGUCCAAGACCUGUACCUUAGCCUUAAUGGCUACGAGUGCAUUCCAGAUUGCGCAGAACAAUAUCCAAACAUCAAGAGUUUGUCAAUCAACAAGCACGCCAUCACACAGUGGGACGAGAUUGGAAAAAUCGGAUUUGUGUUCCCAGGACUGGCGGAGUUACGAAUGUCAGAGUGCCCUCUGGAAAACAUAACCCCUACAGAGGCUCCUCGACAGUUUCCAAAUCUGAAGGCGCUAAACUUGAACAACACUCUGCUGGAUACAUGGGAGGCUAUUGAUGCGCUGAAAUCCUUUCCCAUGUUGACAGACGUUAGUGUGAUGGGGAUUCCGCUGCUGUGUCAAUACACUGACCAACACAAACGACAGUUACUUAUUGCAAGACUCCCCAACGUACAGAAGCUAAACAAAACCAAGAUAUCUGCAGAGGAAAGAGAAGAUGCUGAAAGAUUUUUCAUUCGACAUCAUAUGGAUGAUGAAAGUCCUCCUUUAAGGUAUCUUGAACUUGUUGAUACUCACGGAAUGUUGGACCGAUUGGCAGAGGUUAACAUGCAAGCCAAACAAACUGCUACUAUAUCUUUGAUAUUUGAUGAUCAACCUGUCUGUAAGCAGGAGAUUAAUCUUAUGCAGAGCACAACGAGCUUGAAAAAGUAUGUCAGUGAGAUCAUCGGAAUACCCCCUCCAGGCUUUAAGAUACUUUACAAAGACGUCGGGUUUUGCUUUGGCCUUGAAGAAAUGAAAUAUGGACCAAAAAAACUGUACAGGUACAAGAUUAAAGACGGAGAUGAAAUCCAUGUAUGGAGCCGUUGAUGAGGAAAGAUGGAUUCCAAGGAAACUUUAGUUACCUUUUUGUAUAUUUAGGCUAUUAAGAACUCUAAGUGGUCUUACGGAGUGUAGCCAGUGUAUCAUUACCUCAGAUAGGUUUCAGGUGUGGUGGGGAGGCUCUUGCAGUUGCAGAGGGAUGUCUGAGUGUCAAACCUGGUUCAAACGUGCGAGGCAAAUGAAAACGUAAGUGCAAAUGCAGAUGCAAAUAAUGUUCAAAAGUCAAACGCAAACGCAAAGGGCUUAUGCGACUUCACUGAGGAAGGUUAGAUUCGCAGGGGGAAUAAUUUAAAAAAAUAGUGGUCGAUCGAGGCUUUUCAUCCCGGCUGUCGUUUUGAGUGUAAAAGCUGCCUUUUUUAAUCCUGCCGUGACUAUUUUUACUGGUUAAUGCAGUAGAGAGUGAAAGGGUAGUGUGCAGUGUUGAAUUAGGAACAUUUUUGUUUGAAAUGUUGUGUUUGAUCUGCAUCGAGAAGUUUUCCUUUAUGAGCUCGCGAUUCUUCUAUGGUUCUAUCAAUCCUUUUAAGACCUUUUCAAGUUUUUCGGCUUUGAAAUUGGCUCAACUUGUGCGUCGCAUGUGUGAACAUGCAUAUUGUAUUGCCCACAUGUAGGUACUACUUUUUAUUGGACUCACUCGGCUUUUGCUAAUUUUAUACAGAUAAUUCUCAGUAUAUAUCUACAAUUGUAAAAUACCGUACUAAAUACAUUUCAGUCGUCGUUGCU